UUCAACUUGAAUUUGAAUUUUGCUUUAAGUGUCUGAAAAGCAUUUGGCGAGCGGGGUCCAUUGAUGCAACGGAAUCACGGUCAGUAUCUCAUUUGCUGAGAACUUUUAAGAACUGGGCCUGCCUAUGUUUAGGGGUUUUACUUUGUCUGCCAGAAAUCUCCCGGAGUUAACUUUUCAUAUGCCCUUUGGACUACUACUGCAUUUGGAUGUCCCGCAAUACAAGGUCAUGAAUUCCAAUACAGAAUAUCCACCAGUGAAAGACAAUCUCAGCAAAAUUGAUUGGGAAUUCUUGCCAUACAAAAUUCACUACUUUCUGUUGUGCAGUGCCCAUGCAGGAGUGACCCCGUAUCUUCCCGUCUUCGCCAAAUCUCGUCUUGGUCUCAAUGCCACAACAGUGGGCAUCUUGUCGACGUGUAUGCAAUUUUCCAACACUUUAUCGAAACCAAUAUUUGGUCUCAUUGUUGACUGCACAAAAAGAAUGAAAGCUGUUCUUGUAUUCCUCAUCUGCAUAGAGGUGAUUAUUAACCUGCUGAUACUUGGUAUACCAACAGUAGGUCAAACGAGCAGCAAUCAAGAAAUCAAGAUUUUUUUAAAUUCUAGUAAAGAACAAUACCUUCAACAGAAAACAAAAGCUGGAGUAAAACUAAAGGGGUACAUAAAGAACAGUCGAUUUUUCGGAAAUUCUGAACCUAGAAGCGACUUUAAUUUUGGUUUCACACAUGUUAACAUAAGGCUGGACAGCUUUAGAACCAACUUACCAGUUGCUACAAGAAAAUCUCGCAGCAUACAACGGCUAAAUAGACAAGCUACAAACAAUAACACAUCAACUUGCUUCUUCCAUUGUGCUUCGAUACUAAAUGCUACAUGUUUAUUAUAUGAGCGAAACAUUUCUCAAAAUUUUCCCAUGUCUUGUGAUUUACAGUUUAAGAAAUAUUUUAAACCGUGUGCUGAUUUUAAUGGUCACGAAAAUAACUACAUUACUUUUACAUUUGAAGCCGGUGCAUGCAAAAAUUUUUCAACGAAUAUAACAGUGUCUGUUCAUUCCUUAAAGGAACAGCAUAUGGAAAAACAUAAUUUGAACUCCUGCAAUAGUUCUGUAUUUCAGUGCAAUUUAAAAUGCGAGCGCCCAGAAAAUCUCUGCCAGCAAACAUCAAUUGCGCCUAUUUACGAGUCUCCUUACUUUUGGACAUUUAGCGUGCUUGCCAUUCUAAGCAUAAUGUUCCAAGGUGCUAUUUUUACGCUGUCAGACACAGCUUGCUACGAGAAAUUAAAAUGUUCAGCAACUAGUUACGGUCGUCAACGGUAUUUCGGAGCUCUUGGCUGGGGCGCAAUGGCUCCUUUAACAGGCUUUUUGAAUGAUCUGGCUUCGGAUGUUCCGGAUCGCAGUUAUGCGCCUGGAUUUUACAUGAUGGCGUUUCUCUCUGCAUUUUUACUUCUGAAUGUUCUUAAUACAGAUAUACAACUACCAACUAAUAGAUCUCCUUUGUGUCAAGCUGAAGGUCCCUUCUUGUCCUUGGAGUUCGUAUUUAUGGAAGUCUGCGUAUUUUUUACCGGUUUUUUAACAGGUUACACGGCUAACUAUGUACUGUGGUAUCUUGAAAGUUUGGGUAGUAGCAAAUUAUUAAUGGGCUUAGCUUUGGGUGUGCAAGGUGUCCUUGGAGAAGCUCCUUUCAUCUUCUACUCGGGAGAAAUUAUUUUUAUUCUUGGUCAUUGGAACAUUUUAACAAUCAGCUUUCUUGCAUUUUUUGUACGUUUUCUUGCGUAUUAUUCACUAACUAAUGUCUGGGUAAUUUUGCCUGUUGAAUUACUGGAAGGAAUAACAUAUGGAUUAUUUUACGCUACUAUUACUUCUUAUGCAGAAAUAAUUUCUCCCCAAGGGACUGAAGCUACUGUCCAAGGUAUCUUCGGUGGAACCUUUUUGGGCUUAGGAGCCGGAAUGGGAAGCUGGAUUGCUGGUUUGUCAUUCGACCAAUACGGAGGAAGGGUAUCUUUCUUGAUAGCCGCUAUCAUCAGUGCUGUAGCUGCAGUCAUGUGUAGCUCAAUGCAUCUCAUUAUAAAGAACAGGAAAAAUAAAGAAUCUGUAGUGUUAUAUGAUAGGCAGUAAUGUUAUCAGUAUUAGUUUAAUUUGGAACAAAUCUAUUUUUUAACGUUGUGAAAUGAAAUCAAUCUGUUAAGCACGAAAUCUGUUUACUCAGAAAAGCAGGAGAGCCUACUAAAUGCAGUUCUCUCUAUACACAUCAGAAAUCUAAGGCCCUAAUAAAUAGUAAUGUAAAAUAGUAUUUUAUAUUUAAGAAAAGGUAUUUAUUGGUUAUGCCAGAUUAUAUUUUUGGCAACAAAAUAUAUCCAGUCACAUUUUUGUACCCUCACCUACUGUUGCAUCGAAUAUUUUUUCCAACAGUCCCUAAAUAUCAUUGAUUUGUCUGUCGCAUUAUUUGUAGUUACUACUAUUAGUUUUUGAAGUUCUAUUUUCAACGAUUUAAAACAAACACUUGUUCCGCAAGAAAUGCCAUCGACAAUGCAUUUUUUGGGCAAUGAAUUGUCCACCAUCCAACAUGGUGUUUUGGUUUUCUUCAAUUAAGGCAAAAGUAACAGUUUCAGUUCCUUUCUUUUUUAAUAUAUUUUUUUAGUUACAGCUUGCAAUUCCUUUGAAGUAAAUUCAAGUUUUCUAAAUUACUUUGUUGUUUAUUUUCACCCUUGGUAUUUAUUUUUGAUGUUUCAUUUCUUGGUGCCAAAAUAUGUCACCGGUUAUAACCGAUAAAUACCAAAGAUUGAUUGUGAUGUUACUGAUUGUGAGCUAGCAAUAUGUCUUGAUAUUCCAUGUUCCGUUAGAGAACUCUGAAAGCAGAAUAUGAAAUACAGCUGUAGUGGCUGUAAGUUCUUUCUUAUGACCUUCGAAUUUCUUAGAUAGAUCUUAAAUUUAUUAGCAAAUCCUUCACUAACUGCAUUUUGAGUAAAGUUAUAUCAAUAUAUUUUAAUUGUGAUGCUCUGAUAUAUGGUUUGUACAAAAAUUUCUUGAAGUAGCACAAAACUAGAUACUCCCGAAAUGACCAGUUUCGGUCUUUUAGUGGCGUAUACAAUGCUGCCUGAACUGUGAGAGAAAUUUGCAUCAAUAUUUAUGAAAUAAUUUAUGAUUUAUUUUAAAUUAUUAUGAAAUAAUUUUUUCUUGCAUUUCCAUUUUAUUACCACGGAACUAUUGUAUAGCAUAUCUAUUUUCAUGUUUAAUAAGAAAUAAAAAUGAAGCUUUGUUCUGUGAAUAAUUGUCUUGCAGGUGAGGGUGCCCAAAUAAAUGUAUAACUCAAGAAGAAUUCAAAAUCUUGUUUAUUUAGUUGGUGUUGAUAAAUACAAAAUUGUUAUUUCUAAGGUAGUAGCAUUAAAAGUAAUCUUGUUAAUGAAUAAUACCCCAUGUGGCAGUAGGUCAUUGAAGAAGACAUUAAAAAUGAUAAUACUAAAGCAAACUUGUUUUUGACCUCGAGUCGUAUUCAAGACAUAUCUCGAUUAAACUGUUUCGCAAUGAAUCUCAAGCUAAAUUGACGUUUGAUUUAAAAAAGAGAUAUUUGUUGAAAAGAUAUGACAUGCGCUUACAGAUUAUAAGGCACCAAAUCCAGCACCUCCUGUAAUGAGACUGCAUCACUUUUACCACAAAGUAAUAUGUUACAUGAAUAUAUCUCGUAUACUAUAUACAAUAAUAAAAGCAGUAUUUUACUGAUAUUCGAUCUGAACACACUUUUAUUUGAGGACUCUGUAUUAGAGGAUUAUCUUAAUAGUUUUACUCAUAAUAUUCCUAUAAGCUGUUCAAAAUUAUUUUUGUUAAGCAUUCAAUUGUUAGAAAUUUUAAGAUUAUCCGUUUCUCCUGUACCGAUCUUGCAUAAUUGAGCAGCGUACGUUUAAUAAAAUAUAAAUUGCAGAAUUAACGGUCUCAUUACUUUUAAUGAUUAUGUACAAAUAUAUUGUUUGUUUUACCUGAUAUGAAUUUUAAGUUGAUUUUUACACUAGAAUGAUUUUAUUUGCUGAUAUAUUACGUUUUGUUGUAUUAUUUAUAAAUUUCGUGUUUACAAAAAGUGUUUAAACGUGUAUUUGUAAUUUUAGCUUUAAUCAUUGAUAUGUGUAAGGAUACUGAUAAAAUUUUCAUUAAUAUAAGUUCAAAUGGCACCAUUCACUAUAGGAAUCUGGUGUUCACUAAGAUAUUUAAUACUUCUGUAAAUUAAAAAGAAUGGAAAAAAGAAAUUUUCAUCUAUCCAUUUUGUAUUUUUGAGCUCAUUUUAACUAGUUUAUUCUUAAUAAAAUUAA